AAGAUUAUCGAAGCAAUCUAAAAAAAAGUAGAAAGGAAGAAAAGGGAAUACUUUGCGUCGUUCGUUGCCGUCGUCACGCAUGGAGAUUUCUGGCACCGUUUUCCGUCCUGUCAGCUACGUCUCCGGCGCUGGGACUCACACGCGUUCCCGUAGCGUGGCUCCUCGUGCUACGGUGAGAAUGGGAACGGGUUCUGACUUCUGCGACGAGGGGCAUCUGCAGUAUUACCAGAACACCAAAAAGGUUCUCUCUCCCAAGAAAAAGUUGAAACUGCUGAAGGAUUUCUCCAAAUUAGGGUUCGCCUCGGAUCCUCAGAAGCUUUCCAUGUUCUAUGAUCUUCAACAAAACCUAACCUCGGAUGCUGGCGACAUGUUACUGAGAGAGUUGGAAGCUGCAAGAGCAAAGGAGAAGGAAAUGAAGAAAAAGAAGAAACUCGAGAAGAAGGCUAAACUAAAAGCCUCCAAAAAGAAGUGUGAAUCUUCAUCUUCAUCGUCUGAAUCAAGUGACAGCGAUUGUGGUUGUGAUCAAGUGGUUGACAUGAACAGCAUCAGAUCUGGUGUUGGUGUUAGUGUUAGUGUCGUUGCCCCUGCUGCACCCGUGGAUGUAUCUCCAAUACCCAAGACCACCCCCAUUGUUGAGGAUGGGAAUUCACGUCGUGAUGCCAUGGAAUUGUGCUCUAAGAACGAUGUCUGUGUUAGCAGUGUUAGAGAUGGUGGUAUUAAGAGAGAGAGUGGUGUAGUUACCAGCAGCAGUUGUGAGAAGAGGAUUGAGGUGUGCAUGGGUGGGAAGUGCAAAAGAUCAGGGGCUGCUGCAUUGUUGGAAGAGUUUGAAAAGGUGGUGGGUGUUGAAGGUGGUGCUGUUGUUACAUGCAAGUGCAUGGGGAAGUGCAAAACUGCUCCUAAUGUGAGAGUUCAGAAUUCCGUUGAUCAUAGCCUUGCUGAGGGACUUGAUGAUUCUGUUAAGUUUCCAGCUAACCCUCUGUGCAUUGGAGUUGGCUUGGAGGAUGUGGAUGCCAUUGUGGCUAGAUUUUUAGGGGAGAAUCGCACAGAUAUAGGAAUGCCAGGUGCAAUUACGGCUACUUGAUGUUGCUAUGGGAACGACUUGUGUGCUAUUUCUAAAUGUAUAUAUAUUAUAUAAUAUAUACACUAGUCUUUUUUACCCGUAAGGGUAACUUACAUGGAAAUCUUUUGUUA